AUGCUUUGCAAUGACUCCAGGAGCAGUGGGUAUGAGGCCCAACUAAUCAACGCUAUCACCCUUCCAAUCUCUACAAUUAUCAUACUGGCCAAUCUGAUAAUUAUUCUGGGUAUUGGCUGCAGCCGUCAGCUCCACAACCCUUCCAACUACAUCUACCUGAGCCUGCUGGUGUCUGACCUUGGAAUGGGUGUGGCACUGCCAUUUGUUCCCUGGAUGAGCCUGGGACGCCCCCUUAGCUUCACUUUGUGCCUUGUUGCACACGUCAUGCCCAACUUCCUGUUUCUGGCCUUCAUUUUUAACCUGGUCCUGGUGCACUACCAGCGGUACAUAAGCAUUGUGAGCCCACUACUAUGUACCCACUUCUGGCUGCAUCGACGGUUUGCUGUGGCAUUAUUGGCUGUGUGGUUGCUGCCACUUUUCUUUGCUCUGAUGCCAGCUUUUGGGUGGAACAACAAAGAUGAACACAGAGUGGCAGACAACAGCACAGUUGAGUCUAGAUGUGCACCAAAGCCCAAAGACAACUGCUGUACGUACCGCACUGUAUUUCCUAGCAGUUUUAUCUACAUAGAAGUUUAUGGCCUUUUGGCUCCAUCCAUUCUGUCAAUUGCUGCCAUGACAGGACGGGUACUGUGGAUCACACAUGGGCAGCUCAGGAAUAUCCAGCGACUGCAGCGAGCUGUAGCUAGUGAAGAGAGCCAGAGGAAGAUGGAACUGCGCUACAUUCGGUGUGUGGCCAUCAUCGCUCUUGCUUUCCUGACCUGCUGGGUGCCCUACAUUGUCUACAGCCACAUGUGCAUGGCCUUUUUAAUUAAUCAGGGGGUGCAGGGAAACAAAACUGUCUACAUUGUGCUUUCAUGCAUUGGUAUGGGUGGUAUGGGUACUGUGCCAAUUCUUUUGGGGUUAGCCAAUCGAGAGUACACUGACCCUGCGAGGAGGGUGAUGUGUAAGCUUUGGCAUCGCUGGCACAGCCCACACCAUCAAGGAAAUAUUGCUGUUCGGGUACUUAACAGUUGA